CACGCUGUGUUUAUGUGGGCCUUGACUUCUUAAACGCAAACACUUGCGUUGCUGUAUAUGCUUUGCCUGCAACGGGUCUGAGACCAUAAUUUGCCAGCUAGUAUCGCAACGUACACGCAUACUUUCAGCCCUCGUUAUCUUGUACGCAAACAGAAGCUUGUUAAGCUUUAGUCCCAAUUGCCAUGAUGCCGGGCGUCGCUGCUGACUCGGCAGCGAGCCUUGCGGAACUAGAAGCGCAACUUAGCGGCGUCUAUGCAAAAAUUGCGCAGCAGCAUGGCUUGUCGGUCGCCAUGCAGGUGCUUGGCCGCCUCAUGCUGUCCUGCCCGGCGCCAGCAGUUCCUCUACCACCUCCCCCGGCACCGGUAGCAGCUCCUCCAACUCAAUCCAGCGACAUCCCGGCUGUCAGCACCCCCGUCGCAUCUGCCACGGCCGCCCCCGGCGUCAGCGCACCUCCGCUUCCCGCCACCGCCGCCUCCGCCGGCACCUCACCCUUCAGCGCUGCUGCCACCGCCACUGCCAGCACCACCACAACCGCCACCGCCGCACCACCACCGCCCCCACUGGAAGUCCCCUCCCCCACCCGCGCCAUACCCCUCGACUCCCCCCUCGCCCCGGCACAAACCCUGGAGAGCAUCCGUACCAUGCCCAGCGCCACCCUCUCCCAGAUGCCCAGCGGCGUCAUGUCCCUCAUAAGCCCCUCCGCCGCGGAUGCCGCCAGUACGGCAGACGAGGACGUUGAGGACCGCAGCCCCGUCCGCUGCGCGAGUCCUCCAGCAACCCAACCGCAGCAGCAGGAGCCCCAACCCUCCAAUGAACAGCCCCCGCAGCCGCAGGAACAGCAACCCGCUCAGACGCAGGCUGCUGGUUUGAAUUCAAAAUCAAAGCUUUCCCAGCUAGGACAGCUGGUGCUGGCAGGGCUCGGCCGGAAGGCCUCGGAGGCGGUAGACGUGCCCGGCGCCUCCGCCAAGGCUGCCGCCAUCGCCAAGGCUGGGGUGGGCAGUGCUGAUAGCGAGUCGUCGCCGGACGUAGGACCCGGUGUUGCUGCUCGCGUUGGCGGCGGCGACGGCGCUGCUGCUGCUGCUGCCGUUGUUGGUGGUGCGGGUAGUACGGCAGUGGGUGCUUCAGGCGGCGGUGGCGGUGGCGGUGCAGCAGCAGCGGCUGCGGGGGAGGGGCUGCCCGAGUCGCCUCGCAGCGCGGUCAGCGCCGUCACUCGCGGCGGUGGCGGCACCCCGCGUAGCACCUCCUCCCUCUGGAUGCGUGCCGUGGCGCUCACCCGGGCGGUGACCGACCCGUGGGCCAGUCGCAACCUGCAUGCGCUGCACAUGGAGCGGGCGGUGCGGCAGCGCUACAACGCCAUGACGGGGCAGUGGGUCACGGACGAGGUGCUUGUGAAGAUGGAGUCCAAGCCCUUCGCCGCGGGUGCCAUGCGGGAGUGCUACGCGGCCAAGAAGCUGAGCACCUUCACGCACAACGUGGACUGGCACAAGGCGCAAAACAUGGUUGCCAAGCGCUACAAGAAGGAGGGCGUCAAGCGGUCGGUGUACUACAACGACGUGCUGGUGCAGAUGGACGCCAAGAUGCUGGGCGAGAUGUACAACAAGACGGACCCGCCCAAGCAGGUCGACGUGAUGCAGUGCGCCAUCCUGCAGUUCCCCGGCCGCCCGGGCGCCCCGGUGUACUGCGUGGAGCAGCUGAUCGAGGGCGACUACGUCAAGUACAACAGCAACACCGGGUUCGUCAACAGUGACGACCUGCUCCGCAGCACGCCCCAGGCCUUCAGCCACUUCACCUGGGUGCUCACCAGGGGGCUCAAGAUAUGCGUGGACAUACAGGGUGUCGGCGACCUGUACACCGACCCGCAGCUUCACACGCUGGACGGCGAGGGCUACGGCGAGGGCAACCUGGGGCUGCGCGGCAUGGCGCUGUUCUUCAGGUCGCACCAGUGCAACGCGCUGUGCGGCAGGCUGGGACUCAAGCCGCUGGACAGGUGCGACGCUGACGUGCGUGCGCAGGGCUACAGCUCCUCCUCCGCCUCCGCCUCGGGAUCGGCCACCCGGGCGGGGGCGGGGCGGGCGGGCGCCACCGCCUCCAAGACGCUGGCACGAACCCUGGCGGCAAAGGCGGCAGAUCGGCGGCGGCGAGCUGCCACCCCCGGCGGCCCCGCCAGCUCGGUGGAGGCGGGGGUGCUGCUGGCGGCACUGCAGGAUGUGCCCAAGGAGUGUCCCGAGGCGCUGGUCCACCUGGAGAUCUCCAAGCUGUACGGCGAGGUGGUGCUGCUGCCCGAGCUGAAGCCUAAUGAGGACCCGGAGGACGCGCUCCGCGGCGGGCUAUUCCACCUCACCACCGCGGCCCUGGGUGGCAGCCUGCUGGCGCUGCUGGUGCUGGCGCGGGCGCACUGCGGACUGGAGCCAUCGGCGCCGCAGUGGGCGCAGCUGGUCAAGGUUGGUUCCCGCCAGCGCCAGUUCCGCGCGCACACCUCUGUGGCCUGGCGCUGCGUGCUGCUGGCGGCGGAGCGGGGGGUGCGGGGGGCGGCGCUGGCGGCGGCUGCGGCGUACGGCAGCGGGGGCGGGCUGUUCGGAGAGGAGGUGCUGGGCGGGCUAGCGGACCCGGCGCAGGCUGCCCGGUGGUACGCGGCGGCGCUGGCCCUGCCUGACGUGCUGGCCGGGGAGGGGGAGCAGGCCGAGGGGGAGGACCCGGAGGCGGACAAGGAGGGCGAGGAGGGCAGCGGCAGCGGCAGUGGCAGCGAUCGCGGCGCGCAGGAGGAGGAGGAGGAGAUGCAGUUCGAGAUGUCGGUGAUGCGGGAUGCGGGUGCGGCUAACGGUAACGGCAACAAGGCCAACGGGAAGCACCAUGACGGGGACGACGAGGCGCCGCCGCAGGCGUCAGGCAUGUCCGACCUGCACUCCCGGCUGCUGCUGCCGGGUCAGGGCGGGCUGCGGGUGCCCAAGCUGGAGGAGCUCUCCCCCUCGCCGGACUUCAUGGCGCGGUUGAGGCGCGCGGUGGAGGAGGAGGCGUCGGCGCUGCUGGGAGCCUCGGCGGCAAAGUACGAGAUCUUGUCCCAGUACGGCAGUGUGCUGCUGUCGGGCGGCCCCGGCCUGCCCCCCAACCCCGCCCGUGCCGCCGAGCUGCUGGAGGAGGCUGCUGAGGAGGCGGGGGCGGCGGGGAAGGGCAAGCUGGCGCAGAAGUACUAUGAGCUGGCGGCCAGGGCGCAGGCCAUGUGUGAGGAGGAGGGGGAGGAGGAGUGAGGAGCAGGGGUGGAGGAGAGGGUUUCGGAGGGAAGGGGGCCUGCAUGCGAGGGAUGGGGAUGGCGAUGAGGUGAAUUGUCUCGGUGACUUGGUGGUGUCAUGGUGGUUGUGUUGUGUAGGUUUCCAGCGUGAUCCGAUUAGAUACGAAGCGGGCGAUGUACUGCAAUACACGCGGCGAUAGCGUUCGUGCGCUUUUCGUGCGCCGGCGACUUGGCUUCGCCGGAAUUUAUGUUAUUAUGGCUGGGAGCAGCAUUACUAAGCCUCGGCUUGUGGGCUGGGGAAAGGCACCUAUUGUAGAUGUGAUGAUUGUCUACUUUGUCGCUGAUAAGGCUCUCAGUGUAGGUUUACAAGGCGUGGAGGAAGGCCCGUGUAGUUUAGCGUGUAUGUAUGUUGCUUCCGUGAUCUUAUUACCGCCAUGCCAUGUUUGGCGAAUGGCUUUAAGAAGUAGUAGUACCGGUACGGUAAAACAUGGAUGGAUGUUUAGGUCCUCUGAACGGGACCGCAAUGUCUCGCGUGUUCCGAUCCGCAUUAGGCCUCUCAUGUGUCAUGUCGUAGGUUAGGUGUAGAAUGUGUUUAGUUGUGUGGGAGGAGGAGGAGUGAAAGGGUUUCAGGCGCUCCGACUUCACAUGCAGCCCUGCUUAUGCGCGCGCGGUGAGUUCUUUUGUCUAUAUGUUUUGUCGUGAUUAUACUCAAUACAUCUGUGCCCAGCAUAUGCUGCCGAAGCAGUGGCAAACGAACUCGUGAGCAACAGGUUUUGCCGCUGGUUUGGGCGGGUACAGGUAUGUGGGUGGUGGAAGGCCGCCCAUGUUGUGUUGUGUUCGCUGGAUCCGGUUGCGAUAUAACGGGAUCCGGAUCUUCUUUUGGGUCAGGGCGGAUUGCCGUGUAUGGCAGCUGGGUGUACACGCAGAUGGCUGCAUCAUGCUGCUGCGAGAGCGGCUUGGGACAGCAACGGAGAGGGAGCGCGUGCUGUAGGAGCAAAGCUCUCGGCAAAGCUCUCGGGUGUAAAGACGGAUCGUUUGAAACGCACGCCAUUACUAAUAUAUAAUCCUCAUGGGAGGAGGAUUACUUAGAUACCAAAUUUCAAC